AUGAUUGUGGGACUGGCGAAAUUUCUGGGCAUGUUCGCUCUGGGGUUCUACGCGGGAGCAGCAGCGAAUCAAAACUACGCCGGGAAGGUGCCCAAGGUCCUGUCCCCGCGGAUGGCCUCGAAAUGGCUGAAUGCGUUCCUGUUCCAGCGAACGUUUUCCGAGAAUAGAUUUUACAAGUACAAAUUGCAGCAGUUUGCCAUGAAUUUGAACAACGCAAUUGCAAACUACUACGUUAACCAGGAAGUUCUUCUGCUGAGUCUCCUAGGGACCCUCCAGUUGAUUCAGGGGGAUUAUCGCUCAGCCAGCGAAUCCGAAUCUCAGGAAUCCCAAGAACAAGGCCCACGGAACCCAGACCAUGCAUACAAUCCAAAACCUGCAACCCAUUAUCCACAAGGGGCACCAAACCCAGUUUCCGGGGGCAGAACUGCUAAUGACAUUGCCAAAUAUCCUCGUGUUGUCGCCGGCAGUGGCAGGGAAAUCAAGCUGGAAGAAGUGGUCAGCGGAGAUGUGAAACAAACAGGAACUUUUGGCGGACAAAACUUCAAAAUAUUUGAAUUUGAAGGCCAGCAGAUGGCAGUGUACAUGUUCUCGCCCUUCUCCAUCUACUUCGCCGACGAAGCCCAAGACAACGAAGUGGAAAACGAAGGCGACGACGCGUCUUCCAAAAACCAGUACCUGAGCCAGUCCAAGUACGGCCAACAACGCGGUGCCGGUCCUUCUUUCCUCUACCAGCCCAACUUUGACAACCGGCGCCGGUUGAACCUCAUUCGGCGCCUCUUACGCCGCCGCAAUAAAAAGGACCCAUCCUCCGAUGCGUCCACUCAGAUCCCCAUCACUAUCCCGGACUCGUCGCCAGUCUUUGUCAACGGCGACUCUCGCGAAGACACCAAAGAACUCAUUGCCAAACUACUCAAAUACAGCGCCAAAAAGGGCGGCAGAGACGACAGUGCGAGUGGAGAGGAGUACGGCAGUCGUUUCCGCGGGGCGCCUUCAGCAGGAGUGCUGCAUCAGGCGGGUUAUCCAGCAGCUGCAUUCGGCGGCGGGGCGCCGAAUUUGUUCCGGACGCCCACGGGUCCGCCGUCGCCGGGGGUUCUGCCUUACUUUGGAUGAACACUGGACAGACCGACAUCUUUUCUUUUUCUUUUUUUUUUAAACUCCAGAAGGAUGUAAAUUAAUCAUAAGACACAAAUUUAAGAAUGGCCGAAAAUAAAUGAACGAC